CGACUCGUCCAUACUCAAUUCCCAUCUGGUGUGUAAGAUGUACAUUUGACCAUGCUUAGACUCACUACACAGGAAACUUUCCCAAUCAUUGAUCCGUCACAAUGAUAUUGCAUCCUCCUUCACAGACUUUGGAAUAACAUCACUAUGCGUGAAAUUUGCGGGUUGCUUUGGCGGUGGAUAGCCGUCGUAGCUUCCAAACAACCCGGAUCGCUGGGGGUUGAUGUCUUGCAGAUAGGCCUGCUAUUCAUUGAGCUUCAGUCGGAAAACGCAACUGCUGAAGGUCGUAUUUUCGAUUACAGCUCGUCUGCGCUCGCGUCCUACAAUGUAGAUGUCGCCUAUAUUCAUCAGAAUGAAUAUACGAUUCUGAUUAUCCUCAUAUCAUGUAACUCUAUGAAGACAGAAGGUACGUCGAUACUGGACAGGAGUUUUAUUCACUGCAUUUCGGAUGCAUUCGUAUGCAGCCCUUUCGAAGAUUCCAACUUUCGAACUCCGACGCAAACAGUGACCUACUUAUUUCCAUCGUCCUGACAAUCGCCAACAAUACAAUAAACAACGUUCGCACUCAGAACGACUCGGAGGCGAAGACACCACAGUGUCUCGGACGAGAAGAUUGCCGAUUCAACUAGCAAAAUGGAGAGGCCUGCGCAGCGCUUCGGGGAAAUUUCAGGAGCAUCUGUUGGGACGACAUGGAAGAGUCGGUGCGUAGU